CCGGACGGGCCUGGGCUGCACGCAGCCAGGCAGCCGGGGGCAGCACCGGCGCUCGCGUCUGGCCUGCUUGGCGGGAUGGCUGGCUACCUGCGGGUCGUACGCUCGCUCUGCAGAGCCUCCGGCUCCGGGCCGGCCUGGGCGUCGGCAGCCCCGACGGGCCCCAACUUGCAGGAGCAGCCGCGGCGCCACUAUGCCGACAAGAGGAUCAAGGUGGCGAAGCCGGUGGUGGAGAUGGAUGGCGACGAGAUGACCCGGAUCAUCUGGCAGUUCAUCAAGGAGAAGCUCAUCCUACCCCAUGUGGACGUCCAGCUCAAGUAUUUCGAUCUGGGGCUCCCACACCGUGACCAGACCGACGACCAGGUCACCAUAGACUCGGCAUUGGCCACCCAGAAGUACAGUGUGGCCGUCAAGUGUGCCACCAUCACCCCCGAUGAGGCCCGUGUGGAAGAGUUCAAGCUGAAGAAGAUGUGGAAGAGUCCCAACGGAACCAUUCGGAACAUCCUCGGGGGGACCGUCUUCCGGGAACCCAUCAUUUGCAAAAACAUCCCCCGCCUGGUCCCGGGCUGGACCAAGCCCAUCACCAUCGGCAGGCACGCCCAUGGCGACCAGUACAAGGCCACAGACUUUGUGGUGGACCGGGCCGGCACGUUUAAGAUGGUCUUCUCACCGAAGGACGGCAGUGGUGCGAAGGAGUGGGAGGUGUACAACUUCCCCGGCGGCGGCGUGGGGAUGGGCAUGUACAAUACCGACGAGUCCAUCUCGGGUUUCGCACACAGCUGCUUCCAGUACGCCAUCCAGAAGAAGUGGCCGCUCUACAUGAGCACCAAGAACACCAUCCUGAAAGCCUACGACGGGCGCUUCAAGGACAUCUUCCAGGAGAUCUUUGAGAAGCAUUACAAGACUGACUUUGACAAGAAUAAGAUCUGGUAUGAGCACCGGCUCAUUGAUGACAUGGUGGCUCAGGUCCUCAAGUCUUCGGGCGGCUUCGUGUGGGCCUGCAAGAACUAUGACGGAGAUGUGCAGUCGGACAUCCUGGCGCAAGGUUUUGGCUCCCUUGGCCUGAUGACGUCUGUGCUGGUCUGCCCGGACGGCAAGACCAUCGAGGCCGAGGCUGCUCAUGGAACGGUCACCCGCCACUAUCGGGAGCACCAGAAAGGCCGGCCUACCAGCACGAACCCCAUUGCCAGCAUCUUUGCCUGGACUCGUGGCCUGGAGCACCGGGGGAAGCUGGACGGGAACCAGGACCUCAUCAGGUUUGCACAGACCCUGGAGAAAGUGUGUGUCCAGACGGUGGAGAGCGGAGCCAUGACCAAGGACCUGGCGGGCUGCAUCCACGGCCUCAGCAAUGUGAAGCUGAAUGAGCACUUCCUGAACACCUCCGACUUCCUGGACACCAUCAAGAACAACCUGGACAAGGCUCUGGGCCACUAGUCGGGGCUGGGCUGGGCCGAGCUGGCCGCUGAGUGACCGCCGCCCCCCCCCCCCCGCCUUUCUAGGGGACAUUUUUUAUAAGCAAAAUGUUUUUAAUAUCUUUGUGUUUCGCCUCAUGGUGAUGUGAGGGAACAGCGUGUUUUACCUCAGCCCAUCAGUGUGUUUUGCAUACUGUAAUUUAUAUUGCCCUUGGAACACACGGUGCCACAUUUAGCUACUAAAACAGCUCUUCACAAAAA